GUUUUUAAUCAGGAUUUGACCAGUCGAUCACAAGGCCCGGUUUAGUAGAUGUUGUGAACACAGAAAGAAAACGACGAUUAUAUUGUUGGAGCGUCUCCUCACUUCAUGGUUCAGAUUUUGAGCUCACACUCUGGAUGGGUCAGCUGGUAACAGUAGGGGCCAGCUGUUAACAUCGUUUUGGCCUCUGCGUGUUGUAUCGGUUCACGAUGGCCAGUAACUUCCGUAGCUACAUUUGGGACCCAGUCCUCAUUGUGAGUCAGAUUGUGCUGAUGCAGUGCAUCUACUACAGCUUCCUGGGUCUGUGGUUGGCAGGAGUGGACAGUCUGGUGCAAACGAAUCGGUCACUAGACCAGAUCUUUAACUAUGAAGCCCUUGGGUUUGCAACAAUACAGGGCAGGCUCUCAAUGAUGGCGUUCAUAUUGAAUUCACUUACCUGCGCACUUGGUCUGUGGUUCUUCAUCCGUCGAGGGAAACAGUGCCUGGACUUCACAGUCACCGUGCACUUCUUCCAUAUGAUCGGCUGCUGGAUCUAUAACGCUCAUCUUCCAGCUGUUCUGUCCUGGUGGCUCGUCAAUGUGGCCUGCAUGGCGUUGAUGGCUGUUAUUGGAGAGUACCUGUGCAUGCGGACUGAGCUCAGGGCCAUUCCAGUCAACAGCGGACCCAAGUCUAACCUUUGAUUUUUUGUUGAUGCUACACUGAAAAUCAAUGGACAUUUAACCCUUGAGGAACUUGCUCAAAAGCUUCUUUUUUUCACUGCUGGCAACAUAUAUACAUACAUAUAUGUAUGUUGGAUUGAAUGUCAAGUGAUACACCAGAUGAACUGACCUAUUUAUUCAUAACUUAAAUGUUGGACAGUAUUAACUGUGUAGCAUAUUAAGAUACAGAUUUUAAGGCUUAUCAAAGGAGAUAUCAGUUUACACCCUUCUCUCAACCUGAUGAUAGCUAUGGGUUUUUUUCUUAGUAAUUAAUUUUUUGUGUGUGAAAAUUAAGUGCAUUAGCAUGAGCAUCCUAUAUCCUGAUGUAAAGACAUUUUAAAAUGGAUGAUAUUUGUUCUCUUUUACACCAAAAGGAAAUCUUCAGAGCAAAUAUGGGAGAGCAAAUUCCAACUUCAGACAUUGCUGCCUCUCUUUGUGUCGGUAUAAUUAUGAGCUGUUAAGUUAAAAAUCUUCCACUUACACCUCACUGCAAAUUAGAGAUGCCAGUGUGCAAGUUUACCUAUUGAAGCUUUUAAUCAUUUUUUCUUAUGACUGCAUCCCAGUGUUCCAACUGGGAUAUUAUAGUUUCCUAAUAUCCUACAUAAUCAGAAGAAGUCAGAAGUAAGUCAUUUUUACAUUUCUGGAGCCUUCCCUGUCAAGCUUGCACAGCGUUUUGCGCCACUAGUGCUGUUCAUUUCCAUCUCUUUGUGUCAUGAUGUAUUAUGCAGACAAGGUGGCCAGUUUGGGGACCGUUUGUCAGACACCAGCUGUGUUCUGACAGCAGGCUGUGUGUCUGUGUUCCCGAAAACACUAUCACUGUUUGUGGGGAUGUGACGUCAACAGUCACAAAAUGUGCAGCACUGAUGGUUUCUGGAACAUUUUUAGCUUCCUGAUGGAUUUUAAAACCUUGUCUAAAAUAACAACGUCUUAUUAUUAGUAUUACAGUUGCUCAGCUUCACAUUCUGUGCAGCGACUGUCAGAUCAAACCUUUGCAACAGUGAUGGUGUGGACUAUGCAGUGUCUUGUUUCAAAAUUCAGUUUCUAAAAUGUACAUCAUUCUGCUACAGGGGAUUUAAAGGAAUAGUUGACAUUUUAGGGAAUAAGCUUAUUCACUGUCUUGCAGAGAGUAAGACGAGAAGUUUUACUUUAUGUUACGUUAGCUCAGCUUAUUAUAAAGACUGGAAGCACUUUGCACCUCUACAGCACCCCUCACUAAUUACCGGAGUUUUUUGUACAGAAUGAACAAAUUGUAAAAACAGUAAGUUAUGUUUGUCUCAUGCUGACGAUAAAGACACUAUGAAGUCACUGUGCCCCAUUAAAACAAACAAGAGUUUUAGAGGUACUGGUAGGUGUUCUUUUAUGCCUUUGAACAGAGCCACGUUAUCUUUAUCCAGUCUUUAUUCUAAUCUAAGCUAACCAGCUGUUGGCUUUAGCUUCAUACUUACUGUAAAGACAUGAGAGUGGUAUCAACUUUCCCAUCUAAUCCUCAGGAAGGAAGUAAGCAAGUGUGAAACUAUUCCUUAAAGUUAUGUCCAAAUUCAUGACUACUCUUCCUAAGGCAGGGUGAGCUAAUAUUUCAUCUUUUUCUAGCAGUGGAUGCUCUGCAGGUUUUCACAUGCAAUGUCACCUUUGUAACAUAACUUUGUUUUUUUGAAAUGGAUUUAAAUACAAAUGGAGAGAUGGACCUGUUUAUGUGAGUAAAUUCUUGGACCUGUUUCUAUUGCUGAAACAUUGCAGAUGAGGUGUAUCUAUUUUUUUCUCCACAUUCUUUCCAAAAUUGAAAUGUAGGGUGUUUGAAGGACUUAAUGUACAAUAUAAGUACUGUCUUGCAAACGUUGUUUAAUAAAACACCUCC